AUGCCUGCUGUGGGAUUCUUUGGCUACGUGAGUUUCACGGAGGACAUUGCGGGGAACGUGCUGAUGAAUUUCCCCUCCAGUCUGGUGACAGAGAUGAUCCGAGUGGGCUUCUUGAUGUCUGUGGCUGUGGGCUUCCCCAUGAUGAUCCUGCCCUGCCGAAAAGCCAUUAACACCAUGGUCUUUGAACAGCAGCAGAAAGAUGGCACCUUCACGGCAGGGGGUUACAUACCUCCUCUCUGGUUUGAAAUGAUCACCCUUGCCAUUGUAUUUGGCACCAUGGUGUGCGGGAUCCUCGUCCCCAAUGUGGAGACAAUCCUGGGACUGACUGGAGCCACCAUGGGAAGCCUCAUCUGCUUCAUCUGCCCAGCCCUCAUCUACAAAAAGAUUCACAUGAAUGGGCUGUCUGCUCAGUCAGUAAGGGAAGUGAGGCUCAUUCGACCAGAAAUACUGCAAACAUCGAGCGCUCCGGUUUCCUACACUGGCAGCCUGGCGAUCCCCCAGAUAGACGGCACACACUCGGAGCCUUGA